AAUAUUACUUGUACUCGUAGGGUAUUCYGUAACAAGUGGAUUAUUUGGACAGUCAAAAAAGAUGGGGAUUGCUGGAGGUGCACCAAGGGCAGAGAACAUGAAAGGCAAAGUUCUGAUCUAUCAAAUUGAGCCAAGCCAGCUGACAGUUAGUGCAACAUUACCACAGCCUAAGAAUGCUAAGAUGGGAAGCUACUUUGGAAGUGUUUUGUGUGCUGUGGAUCUAGACAAAGAUGGCUAUACAGACAUUUUAGUGGGAGCUCCAUUUUACUCAGAUGUCAAAGAUGAAGGUCAUGUCUUUGUCUACAUGAAUAACAAAAAUGGGGCUUUGAAUCUAAUGCCUGAUAUGGAGCUCUCAGGAGACAAGAUUGUUGGUGCUAGGUUUGGUUCAGCCAUAGCAAAUGUUGGAAGCCUAAACAAUGACAAAUAUGAUGAUGUUGCCAUUGGAGCUCCUUAUGAGGACAAAGGUGCUGUGUAUAUUUACCAUGGUAAAGCCAAUGGCAUUGAAACAAAGUAUAGACAAAAAAUACUUGCAUCUCAAGUCAAUUCUGGUCUUUCUCUGUUUGGACAUUCUAUUUCUGGAGGUUUAGAUGUUGAUGACAAUGGAUACCCAGACAUGGCUGUGGGUUCUUAUGGCUCUGAUAAAGCUGUUCUUCUUAAGACGCAAAAAGUGAUCAACAUUAAAGCUGAAAUAAGCUUGAGUGUUACAAGAUUUGUCAUUGAAAAUAACAAGACAGAAUGCAAAGAAAACGAUGGUACAUUCCAUAAAUGUCUAAAUGUAACAGUAUGCUUUACAACUAUGGAAGCUAAACCUACAGACUUAAAUAUCACGUACAAGAUUGAAUUGGACCAGGACAAGGGAUCUGACGCCUUACGACGCAUGUAUUUCUACAAAAAGAACUCCAAACGUUUUAUGAUUACUGACACCCAACUAAUGAGAUUUAGCGCAAACCGUAAAGUCUGUCUACCUGUUCACACUGUCCACUUGAGGAAAAAGAGUCGUCUUGUCGAUCUACUUAGUGUGCUGACAUUUGAUGUUUCAUUUGAUCUCGCUCAUUCAAGUUGUAAAACAAAUCCGAACGAACUCUGUCCUGUUUUGAACGAUUACAUGCCGAAGCUAGUCCGUGCCGUGGCAACAUUCCAGAAGCAGUGUAGAAGCAAUGAUAUCUGUAAGCCUGAUCUUAGUGUAACUGGAAAGCUCAUUAUAUCAGGGAAAGAGACUGACACAAUACACAUUGGGACAGUGAAUGACGUCACGUUAAUGAUUGACGUCAAGAACAAAGCUCCUGAUGCUGCUUAUUUAGCUCAGGUUGUAAUCUCAUACCCAUCGACAUUUGACUACAUCGGACCACGUUUAUCUGAUGCAGUGCAAUGUACCACUUCUGCAGCCUCGAAUGGUAGUGAGACGGCCACAUGUACAAUAGGAAACCCUCUCAAUGGCCAGUCGAAUAAAACAGUCCACAUUAAGUUUGGUACUUCAGAGCUUGCUAGAGACUUCUCCAUUGGUAUUCAAGCUAAAAGUGUGAAUGUUGAUCAAAACGAAAAUGAUAACUCMAUGAAAAUCCCAGUUGURGUGAAAUUUGARGCAGAUCUAGAGGUUUUAGGGUCUUCUGUCCCAGAUGAAGUUAUAUACCAAGGCAAAGCAAUGUCCAAAGAUGAGAUUAAAAUACAAACCCAGAUUGGUCCUAAGAUAGCACAAACAAUCAUUGUUCAGAAUAAGGGACCAAGUAAAGUUGACGGAGCUGAAGUUCAAAUCAGUGUUCCUAGCCGGUACAUUGACGAUACAGAUAGUUACUUGCUYUACUUGCUGCAGGUUGAGUUGACUGGUGCAAGUGGAAGCUGUCGUACYGAGGGAGCCCUUAACGAAUUGAAAUUACCACUGACUGCAAAUGUCACUACAUCGGACAAAGAUUCCAAACGAAAAAGACGCAGCGUUGUAGAAGGGACAUCUUUGGAUUGUCGUACUGCCACGUGUAAAUCGUUCAAAUGUGUAUUUGGGUUGUUGAAGGCAGGAGAAAAAGCAGAAGUCACUGUUAGAUCUCGUCUAUGGCAAAGCACGUUUCUAAAGAAAAAUCCCGGCACACAAACAAUCCAAACUACUGCAAUAGUGAGCAUACCAGAUAAAAAGUACACUCAACCAGAUUCUGAAAACGAUAAAGCUAUUAUAUCUGUAAUCGUCAAACCUCCAUCCGAUGCAGACAAACAAAAAGAAGAGCUUGCCUGGUGGGUGUAUUUCCUGGCCGUGUUGGGAGGCGUCUUGUUACUUGGUAUUGCAGCGUUUAUAUUAUACAAGUUUGGAUUUUUUAAGAGAAAACGAGUGAAGGAUAUUUCAAGUCCCGAGAUGGAGCAAUGAUUUUCUAAAGUUCGGUUUUUUCAAGCGCAAAAGAAUCAAAGACAUUUCUAGUCCAACUCAAUCCGACAUAWCUCCCGCCGUGACGACUAGUUCAGCUAUCUAAACUAAAUUGCAAUCAACUAGUAUGAUUCGACUAUCGAACUCUUGAGUCAUUUUUUCUUGACUUUACCGGGCUACCUGUGUUAGUGUAGUGGUCGGCCAUUAAAUAUACACAGGAAGCCCAUCGUGGUGCCGUAUGUGCAUAAUUUAGACUCGAAAAACAAUAGUGUAAAUAUAAAAAAAAGUUUAUAAACUAAAUAAUAUGGUUGAUAAUUGAAAAAGUCAUUUGUUAAAAUCAUGUUUGUAUGAUUUUGUAAAGAAAAUUUGCCAUUUAGGAAACACCUGUAUUUCUUAUACAGUCCAAAAGCUUGUAGAUUGAGAUAUUUACACAUUCACAAAUAUGAUAUUCAUAAAAUACCUAAUGAGAUACCGCAGUCCAUUUUCUUGAUGAAGUAGGAACUGCACCAAACCACUAAAAUGCCAGGUUUUAAUUUCCAGCAGUCAUCCUCAAAAUAUCUUUGUAGGCGAAGGUACAGUUGACAUAUUUCAGCCCAUUCUACUUGGCACCAUUUUAAUUGGUUUACAUUAAUGUUUUAUCUUCUACAUCUCUAAAGAAUUUUAUGAAGGWUUAUUCUCCGGCGCCUCGUUUUGAUUCAAUCACGUGCAGUGACAACUGAGGCUAAAUUCGCAAAUUGGCUAUUAAAAAUCUAAGGUUACCUUAUAUAGAAAKUCAAUACCGCUUGGGAGCAUGGGAAGGGAAUUGAUUUUAAUUGCGUGCCAAAUGUUGCAUGUACAACAGUGUUUCUGUCUGAAUGGCUUUAUCUAUAAAAUGUGUUUGAUAACGUAGAUGUUUAGCCAAAUAUGAUUCAAAAUUCCAACUUCACAAAAUCCACUUCAACCACCUUUGAUGACUUGCCCUUACCCAACAAAGUUUUUUCAGUUUGGUGUAUAUAUGUGAAAAAGAACAUUUCUCAAUCCACAACCUAUAGACUGUAUAUCAUUUACCAAAUCGUCAAGGUUUAUUGAAAGAUAGUYGUUUUUAGCACUGUUUAGUUGGAUUCGAGAGGACUUAUCACCAAUAUGGUCGCUAUCUUGAAUUAUGGUAAAAUUAUGGGAUGUGAAAAGKACUCCCUAAAAUGUUUACUUCCAAUUACAUUUGGAGUUUUUUUUCCAAUUUGAUGUUAUAGAUUUAAGUAGUAGAAUUCUAAAAGCUGUCUGUUGCCCUAUGGCUAUGCUAUAUAUAGUUUUUCAGCAAAGACAAUUUACAAUGUCAGGUAAUAGUCAAAUAAACGCAAAAAGAAAUGAGUUUGCUACA